UUCAAGUGAAGAUGGAGGAAACAACCUAAGCCUAUUCAGUAUUCCAAUCUAAAUACAUUUUUCCUCUAUUACAAGGGAGAAGCCAUAGUUUGCCAUUAAGAUUGUUUUCCAUGGCGUAUUAUGCUGCUCUUGCUUCUCUUGUGCAUUUACUUGAGGAUAUAGUCCUUCGUGAUCGAUACCCCAACUUCCUUCUUGCUAAACACCCAAUCUUGAAAUCACUCCUUGAUAAGUUCAGCUUUCUUGAAGAAUCACUGCAAGAUUAUUCAUCCAAAGGCGACGAAGCCGGUGACUGUGUGGAAGCACGCAUAAGAGAUGCGGCGUAUCGAGCACAGGAUAUUAUUGAAUUGAAGAUCACAGAUCAUAUGGAUUCCAUAUCAAGUGCAGAUGUAAACAUAUUUUCCCAUCAGAUUUCUGGUUGCCAGAAUGUGUUGGAAAGUCCGAGAGAAGAGGAGUGUGAAGAAGAGCUGUAUCAGAUGGAGCAAGAGGCUGAUUCAAUUGUGGAGGAACUUAAGAAGUUCGCCAUCGGGGAAAGCCACAAAACAAGUGAAGAUUUGCAGCUAAGCCAGUAUUCUACAACUGCCAGAGUUUCGAGAAAUGAUGUUAUGGUGGGAUUUGAGGAAUAUCUGAUCAAAAUUAAAGAUCGGCUCUGUGGGCAUUCAUCCCAACUCCAAGUCAUUCCUAUCGUUGGAAUGGGCGGAAUUGGCAAGACCACUUUGGCCAGAGCUGCCUUUGAUGAUCCGCUAUCUGUGUAUCAUUUUGAUCGUCGUGCUUGGGUGGUUGUGUCUCAAGAUUAUCAUGAGAAGGUACUUCUUCUAAGCAUCUUAAAAUCCAUGGAUGUUAGAACUGAUGAAUCAUGUGAAGAGGAAGAGGGAUUGUUAAAGCAGCAUAUAUACCAGCAUUUAAUAGGUCGAAGAUACCUCAUUGUACUAGAUGAUGUAUGGAGCACUAAAGUUUGGGACAAUAUAAAGCACGCCUUCCCGAAUGUCUCUGAUGGCAGUCGCAUCUUGUUAACUACUAGGUUAUCGGAUGUUGCCCAUUAUGUCAACAACUCCGGUUUUCUUCAUGAGAUGCAGUUCCUCGAUGUCAAUGCUGGUUGGAAUUUACUUCGAGAGAAGGUGUUUGGACGAAGAAAUUGCCCUCAAGAAUUGGAGGAUAUUGGAAAGUUCAUAGCUAGUAAAUGUCGAGGCCUUCCACUCGCAAUUGUUGUAAUUGCAGGUAUUCUUUCAGAUGUCCAGACUCAACAACAUUGGAAAAACAUUUCUAGGAAUGUGGGCUCUUUGUUGAGUAAAUCUGGCGAUGAACACUUGUCCAAUAUUCUAUCUCUGAGCUAUAAUCACUUACCUCAUUUGCUCAAAGCUUGUUUUCUUUACAUCGGAAGUUUUCCGGAAGACUAUGAAAUCGAUGUGGGCAGGCUCACAAGGUUGUGGGUUGCGGAGGGAUUCUUGAAAUCAGUCGAAAUGUUCAAAACCUUAGAGGAAGUCGCCGAGGAAUGUCUCCAGGAUCUGGUGAAAAGAAACCUUGUUCUUAUUGUAAAGAAAAGAGCAAAUGGACAAUUCAAGAAGUGCAUGAUGCACGAUGUUUUGAGAGAUUUUUGUGGACAAAGAGCUGUUCAUGAAGGUUUCUUCCACGGGUUAGAUUGGGAAAGGUGUCUCAGAAAUAACACGGACAAAUCUGUAACCAGCUCGGCAGAAUCAUUGUAUGAUUAUUCAGAGCCUUGGGUAGAAUAUGGUGCUCGUAAACAUGUUCGAACAAUUCUAUGGUUCAAAAGGUCGACAAUCAAUAAUGCUUCUUUCUUCAAAUAUCUUGGCUUGAGAUUGUUGAAGAUUUUGGAUGCAGCCGAUGUAAAGCUCUGGCCUGUGCUGCCGGAACUCUUUCGGAUGUUUCAUGUCAAGUACAUUUCUCCACCACUCGGCUGGAGUGAAGUAGAUCUUCUUUCUGAGAAUAUUUUCAAGCUGGAGAAUCUCCAAACCUUGAAUGUUUAUUUAUCUCAACAAUGGUACAACUUCAAAUUUCCAUCUGAAUUCUGGAAAAUGGCGCGACUAAGGCAUCUAAUAGUUCAUCGAGCUGUGAAAUUGCCGCGUCUUCCUAUUAUCAGAGGAUUGCCGCUAGAAGAUCUGCAAACACUCGGCACAGUGCGGAAUUUCAAAUUCAGCAAGACAGCUGUAGAAAUGAUUCCCAACCUCAGAAAAUUGAAAAUAUUAUUCGAUCAGUACCCGAAAACAACUAGUUCAAUCUGGGAAGAAUAUGGCCUCAGCAGUCUACUCCAUCUGCGCCGACUCGAGGAGCUUCGAAUCAAUUUCAACAGGCUUUUUCAUUUCGGCACUUCCUUGGGGAGUAGUUUUGCCUUUCCACAGAAUCUUACCAAAUUAUCUUUGUCCGGUUGCCGACUCCCAUGGAAUAAAAUGACAUUAGUCGGAUCCCUUCCCAGUCUGCAAGUGCUGAGGCUAAAAGAGGAUUCAUUCGAGGGAGAAGAGUGGGAGGCCAUAGAAGGGGAAUUCCAGCAGCUCAAGUUCCUGCAGAUGAAGGACUUAAAUCUGAAGCAUUGGAGAGCAGACGACAUGCACUUCCCGCGCCUUCAAUGCCUCAAAAUCGAAUGGUGUCGGAUUUUGAGGGAGAUCCCCAUGGAAAUUGGGGAAAUUUCAGCACUGGAAUCCAUUACUGUAUAUUAUUGCAGCGGUGUUGUAGAGGAGUCUGCGAGGCUGAUUCUGGAAGAACAACGAAGCCUGGGAAAUGAUGCGCUUCGAGUCAUUGUUCGCGGGUAUUGGUAGGGUACAGGUGAUUAAUUCAAAAUAGAUUCUGCCAAACUUUGAAGGUGAACCUUUGUUUAAAUAGAAAUUUUUGGAGGUUACUGAAAUUUUGAAAGUCUGAGAAAAACUAGAG